GUUCACGGACGAAGGCGAUUUCACGUGCAACAAAACGCAGACACGGUGCGUGAACUGUGCCGUGACCGAACCUUACCUGGGAUAUUUAGGAAUCGUCGAAUCUCUCUGUAUGGAAAACCAACAACUUCGUGAAGUUUUUAAUUGAGGUGUCAAUUUGUGGUUCGGGGGACAAGAAAAAUAGAAACGUUGUGAGAGACUAAAUCCAACAAGAACAACCUCGUUACAUUCACAACACUAUGCAAGCACUGUGUCCUUCAUUCCCAGAUUGCAGCACUCUUCGAGUGCCCAGAUUCUCAAUCAGUGCCACUCCUCCAAAUUUUGCAUCUUUUCUGAGCCCCUCCAAGGCUGGAAUCAAAUUGAGUUGUGGGAUUCACAAACCAGUUUGGAGGAGUAGGUGUGAUGGUUUAAGGGUACAGUGUGCAGCCUCCAAUGGAGAAAAUGAUGAUGAUGAUGGGUUUUACAUCAGGUGUGUUGAGCUUGCAAGGAAGGCUGUUGGGUUCACCAGCCCCAAUCCAUUGGUGGGGUGUGUUAUUGUAAAGGAUGGCAAAGUUGUUGGUGAAGGCUUCCACCCUAAAGCAGGCCAACCUCAUGCUGAGGUGUUUGCUCUGAGAGAUGCUGGUGAUUUGGCACAAAGUGCAACGGCUUAUGUGAGCUUGGAACCUUGUAAUCAUUUUGGCAGGACUCCACCUUGCACUGAAGCUCUAAUUAAAGCUAAAGUGAAAAAGGUUGUUGUUGGGAUGGUGGAUCCAAAUCCCAUAGUUGCCUUCAAAGGGGUGGAAAGAUUGAGAGAUGCGGGAAUUGAAGUUAUUGUGGGUGUAGAGGAAGAGCUAUGCAAGAGCCUCAAUGAGCCCUAUAUUCAUCGCAUGUUGACUGGAAAGCCUUUCCUUACUUUGAGAUAUUCUCUUUCUGUCAAUGGAAACUUUUUGGACUUACUUGGGAAUGGAGUUACAGACUGUGGUGGAUACCACUCAAGGUUAUUACAAGAAUAUGAUGCAGUGGUAAUCUCUUCUUCCUUAUUCAGUGAAAAUUUGUCAGUUCCUGCAUCUCAAGAACCUGGAGCCAACCAACCAAUUCGGAUUAUAAUGCAUAAAGAUCCUGGUUCUUCAAAACAAAUUCAACUAGGCAUCAAUGGUGUUACUGGCAAAGUAAUAAUCUUUACAGACAAUAAAACAGUAACAGCUCCUGAAGUGGCUCAACAAGGAAUUGAAAUUGUAGUUCUGGAUCAAAUAAAUCUGGAUGUGAUCUUGGAUUAUUGUAAUUGUCAAGGAUUGUGCAGUGUUCUGUUAGAUAUUAGAGGGAGUUUUGGUGAGUUUGAAGAGCUUGUUAAGGAAGGUAUCAAGAAGAACUAUAUUAAUAAAUUUGUCACAGAAAUUUUGCCAGUUUGGGACGGAUUGGCUGAGCCAGAUCCUCUGCAGACAUUGAAGAGCUCAGAGCAAGGACUAAAAGUGGUCAAUUUGAAGUCCAUGGCCUCAGAUCAGAGUGUUGUGAUUGAGGGAUAUUUUAAACUUUAGUAAAUGGGGUCAUGAUUGCCCACAAACUCCCUUUUACCAUUGUUUCAGUGUCAUGGAUUUUGCCAGUGAUUAUUUGCUGUAGGCUAAAUUUACAAAGCAAUUCUUGUAUUUUGCUGGUGGAAACUUGAGGAUAUUUUCAAUAACAAUCUUUAUUUUCAUUAUUUAUAGGCUAA